AUUCAGUUUGUUUUAUAAUCUUGUACGGAACACAUCAAUUUUUACUUGAAAAAUAUCAUAAAAUUUAUAGUUCGUUUCGAUAAAAUUUUUUUUUUUUCACCAAAUAAGUUUAGCGAAAAUAGAGGUACGCCAUGAGUUCUCUGCAGCUCAAAGAUAGUAAGACGGCGGUGAAAACUGAAAACACCAAGAAAACUUUAGAAGAACAUCUCAUGGAGGCAGAUGGACUCACGUUUGACUUUGAUAAUGCGCCCAUCAUAAACUUCCUGAAGGAGUUUUGGUAUAGCAACAAAGAUUAUUACACGGAUUCGCAAAUUGCGGUGGCGGCUGUGAAGAGAUGGAACGAUAUGUCCGUCGGCGAUCGAUGCCAGUACGCUGGGCAGAGCCCACCCAUAGCUAUACGGGGUGAUACCGAUUGCUCUAGCACUAGCACUAUCAAGCUGCCCAGCUCUGCGAAUAGCGAUGACCAAAUGGAAUCUGAACCAGGAACCUCAAAGGCCACAGACGCCUUCUUUGUCAACAGUGACGACGAAUGUCAAAGGAGGGAGCCCAAGUGCGUUAAGCCCAGGAAGCGAUGCGCCAAGCCGAGGACAAUGUCAAAGGUUAAGAGGAAAUGCGCCAAGCCCAAGCCCAAGUGCGCCAGAGCCAAGCCAGCUUGCCCAAGGCCGAGGAAGAAGAUGGAUUGCUCCAAGCCGAUGGCCAGGUGCCCCAAGGCUAAGCCCGCGUGCCCCAAGCCAAGGUGUUCCAAGUAACCGUAGAGAAGAGCAAUUCCUUCUGCCGUCAACCUUUAGGUCUUAUUUAGAUCCAGACAGAACAGACAGCACUGCUUGAAUCAAAGAAGUUGAAGAACCUCCGGCAAAAAGCGGUCCCGGAAGGUCCAACUAAGAUUAUUUAAGGCCCC